GCUGCUACUUCCUGUUGUAGCUUCGCCUCAGAACUUUCUGUUCUGUUCUCCUCGCACAUUAUUUCUUAGCGUUAAUGUCACAACCAGGACCUGAAGGAAUAGAACGCUUCACCAAGUGUUUUCUUUGCGCAGAGAACACAUGUCCUCCCAGGUCAGACUGAGGCUGCUGCCGAGUGCCAGAUGUCUCUUCGACGAGCCUCUUCAGCUGAAGGUGUCCGGGCUGAGGCCGAGGCAGGAGGUCGCCCUGAAGGCCAGGUCGACGGACGACAAGGGCGCGGUGUUCAGCUCCUCGGCCACCUACAAAGCUGACGGAGGCGGGGAGAUUGACUUAGACAGGGACCCGUCGCUGAGCGGGAGCUACGUCGGGGUGGAACCCAAUGGUCUGCUGUGGUCGAUGAGGGCGGACACUCUGCACAGAAGGUUUCAAAAGACGAGUUCACUCAACCCCCAUGUGGUGAAGUUCUCCGUGCAUGAGGUGGAGGUGGAGGGGGAGGGCAGGCUGCUGACGGAGGUGGUCAACGAGAGGUGUCUGCUUGCGGACGGCGUAAGCCGGCGUCCUGUCAAAGAGGGGAAUAUCCGCGGGGUCCUGUUUACGCCACCUGGGCGAGGUCCGUUCCCCUCUGUGUUGGACCUGUACACCUUUGGCGGAGGUCUUUCUGAGAAAAGAGCCGCUCUGCUGGCCAGCCGAGGGUUCGUGGUUCUGACUGUGGCGCUGUACGGCCACGACGACAUGCCCAAGAACAUCACAGAAGUCCAUCUGGAUUAUUUUGAAGAAGCAAUUCGGUUUUUAAAAAAGCAAGACAAGGUGGGCAGUAGAGGAGUUGGACUAACAUCGCUUUCCAAAAGUGGAGAUCUUGCACUUUCAGCCGCCUCCUACCUGCCACAUGUCGACGCUACAGUGUGGAUAAACGGCUGCUCUGCGAACACAGCCAUGCCUCUCUACUACAAGAAGAACCGGAUCCUCCCCGCGCUACAGUUUGACGCCAGCAGGUUGAUUCCCACUGAGUCGGGGGCAGUCAUGGUCAAGUACGGUAUGCACGACCCGGUCGCAGAGGAGAACAAGGCCACGCUGGUGCCUAUUGAGAAAGCGACGGGACGUUUCCUCUUCGUCGCCGCAGAGGACGACCUCAACUGGGACAGCAAGGCUUACAUGGACGAGAUGGUGGAGAGACUGAAGCGUCAUGGCAAGGAGAACUUUGAAAGUGUGAGUUACCCUGACGCAGGACACUACUUGGAGCCACCUUAUGGGCCGUACUGCCCCUCCAGCUUUCAUGGUGUUGUGGGUAAACCAGUAGUGUGGGGGGGCAAAGCCGGGCCACACGCCGCAGCUGAGGUCCACUUGUGGAAGAAGAUCCAGGAGUUCUUCAGAGAGCACCUCAGCUGUGCUGACUCACUGCCCAAAGGCAAGUUAUAGAUGUGAAUACAGAUACAAACAAUUGAAUAACUGAAUAAUAUUCAGUUUUAAGUUGACGUUUUAAUUUUUUACACAUUUCAAGUGCCUGAAUGUGGAUUUACUGGACUUACUUUGUUAUGUUGAUCAAGUCUUGAAAUCUUUCAGCAUUUUUGUAAUUAAAUAAUUUGCUGUAUUCCCAUUUG